GUUAUCUCACAUAUUUUUGUUCUCAGCGUCCAAGCCCAUGGCACGAACCCUCUUCAGCCCUCUCAUAUUGAUGGAAGAUUGCGUGGAAUUGCUCUCUCGACGAACAUGUGGGAUGGGAUGUUCGUAUACCAGGAACCGCGUGAUUUGGGGUGGCUUUCUUCCUUGGCUGCAGCAACCAGCCCAAGGGCCAUUGGCCUCGUCAUUGAAGUAUCACAGAAGGCUUUGUUGACAGAGGAGGCUGGCAUGGGUCUCUCCGCUUUCAUGCAACCUAAUGCACAUCGCAUCGGGAAAUUGCACAUUACAACGGGUUUUGACGACACAGAAUACGGGAACACACUUCAUCCUAGCUUAUUGCGAGAAGCCCCAGGGGUGUCUCUUUUUCUUUCUAUUUUCGAACUCCCACUUCCGAACUUAUCUUCUAUCCAUAUUGACCUUGGUUUCACUGUGCGAAUCCCCCAGUUAUUUGGAGGGCCCACAUGCAAUUCCCUGCGUAGUAUUGAGAUGCAUCAUGCAUCUUUGGAACGAGUAGAAUUCUGGAAGAAGGGAUUUCUUCUGGAGUGUCUCACUCUGGAUGUUGAUGCUCUUGAAGCCUGGAAUGGUUCUUUGCAUCAAAUCUUAUCGCUUCAGUCGACGCUCCAGGAACUGCACCUUACACUGCCUAGUAGUUACACUCAUAGGGGCACGGAGGCCCUUCAUUUCCCCAACCUGAAGUUGUUCCGCUUCACAGCAAUUUCCUACAUUUUGCUGACAACAUUGACGAUGCCUGCACUUCAGUGUCUCUAUCUCAAGCCUUUUGACCUCGAUGAAGCUAACCCCGAGAAUAUGGAGGAAAUAGCCGCUUUGAAAACCUUUUUGUCUUUACACGCUUCGACACUCAAGGCUUUACACUAUAUGCCAAUUAACCCAGACGUAGGGAUGACAGGGGCGAGGCUUCGGGUUGUGGAUUUGAAACCUUUGAUUCUUCCCGCUCUUAGCACUGCCGUACUUUUGGUCUAUGGACAGUUUAGUUAUAGCUUUCGCGCUAUGCAUUAUCCCAACCUUGAGGAAUUGAAUGUCGAGGUUGUGGGUGAAACUCCAUCAUCCUAUCUCUUUGACUUUCUGGAAAGGAAUGCGAAUAUGUUACGAUCCUUGCAUAUCAACGGCUCGUACCCUUGGUACAUCAAGUCGCCUAUUCUCCGGGCGUCUUCAGAGGCGGCUUUACUUCCCACAGCUGCAGGACUUCGUUUCCAAAUCUGCUUGCGGCGACGAGAUAUUUGGUCUUGUUGGAUCUGCCCCGCAACUUCGAGAUGUGCAUUUGAGUGGGGAGACUCUCCAAGGAGUUGAGGAUACAUCCAGCAUCACGGUGUGUAUGAAACUCUCUUCCGGCAUUGAUGCUCUCUCUGUUGACCGUCUAGACGAAUUUUAGCACGAACUUGAACUCCCUAGUUUGGAGACAUUGACUCUCGCACAAUUCUCACAGCAUAUAUGCCGCCUAUCCGCUCCAUCCUUGACGACGUUUAAUCUAUUCGCCCUCUGCCCACUCGAGCGACG